AUGCAUACUAACGAUUCGGAACUACGCGUAGAACUUGUGCAGAACGCGUCAGUCCCGAAAACUGAAGCAUACGAUGCAACGGAUGUGGAAAAGGAGAGCUCAUCUUCUGGUGCCAGGAAUGCUAUUCUAAUUUCGUGUACGCUUUUGAUUUUGCUAAUCUGUUGUUGUGUGACCUGCAGUCUGAUCGGCUACCAUGUGAUGAAACGAAGGAUACAAAAGCGCAGGAAAGAAGAACGUUUAUUAGAGAAUAAGGUGCUAACCGAGGAUCUAUCAUCUCUAAGUAUCGGUUCAACAAUAGCAGGUGUGACACCUCGUAGACCCCGGGCAAAAUGUACCUUGGGGGUGCAGAGGCCUGGAUCAGUCAUAGAGUCCAACCUACAAGCAAACAACAGACACAGUAUGAUUGUGUCGCCACGUUUCCGGCGCUGUUCAAGCAUCAUUAUUACAGAAAAAGUUUGA